CAUUUCUUCUUCUUUCUCAUCAUUCAUGGACUGGACCAGAGGCCCCCCCGUCGGCCGCGGCUCCUCCGCCACCGUCUAUAUGGCUACACUCAACUCCUCCGGCCAACAAUUUGCCGUCAAAUCCACCAACCUUGCAUCAUCGGCCCUCUUGCACAAGGAACACGCUCUUCUCUCCAAUUUGAGCUCCCCAUACCUAAUCAAGUGUCUAGGUUUCGACGUUGAAACCCAACCCCUCAAUCCGCCGGUGUUCAAUCUGUUCAUGGAGUAUUUUCCGGAGGGGACUCUGUGGGACGCGAUUCAGAUCAACGGCGGUCGAAUUGAGGAAUCGAUGAUCGGAGUAUUUUCGCGGCAGAUUCUCAAAGGAUUGGAGUACCUUCAUGCUAAUGGAUUGGCACAUUGCGAUAUCAAGAGCCGGAAUCUGUUACUGAGUGAUGAGGGUUUGAAAAUUGCCGAUCUAGGUUGUGCGAAAUUUGUGGAUGGAAUUUCCGGUAAUGGAGUUGGGGCUUUUUCUGGUUCGCCGGCGUUCAUGGCUCCGGAAGUUGCAAGAGGUGAAGAACAGGGAUUUCCGGCGGAUGUUUGGGCUUUUGGAUGUACAGUCAUUGAAAUGGCUACUGGGGAUCAUCCAUGGCCGGAAAUAGAGGAUCCGGUUUCGGCGUUGUAUCGGAUUGGAUUUUCCGGCGAGGUACCAGAGAUUCCGCGGUGGUUGUCGGAAAGUGCGAAAGAUUUUGUCGCCAAGUGUUUGAUAAAAGACCCGAAAGAAAGAUGGAGUGUGAAACGGCUUCUGGAGCAUCCGUUUCUUGAAGGAUUUGAUUCUGAAUCAGAGAUUGAAGGGUCGAGGAUGAAAACGGUGAAUUCUUCUUCUCCGAGCUGUGUUUUGGAUCAGAGGUUUUGGGAUUCAAUGGAAGAUUUGGAGUCUCCAUCGAAGGUGACUCAACAAGCUUCUUUGGUGGAUUGUCCAGCUGAGAGGAUUAGAAGGUUGGCUGAUAAUUUGUCUUGUGAUUUGGAAUUGGAAUGGGAUGAUGGAGAUUGGGUUUUGAUCAGAAACAAUGGGGUCGGCGGUGGAAGCCAUGGAAAUGGAUCUGUGAGCUUAGAUUUUUGUGCUACAAUUGAAGAAGAAGAUGAAAUUUUGAACUUGGAAAUUGAAGAAAAUUCUGUAUUGUUCUGUUUAGUUGAUGAUGAUUUUAGUGUUGUGAACAGUAGGAAUGGAGGAUUAGAAAUGGAAUUAAAGAGUGAUUUUAUGUUGGAAACUGGUUAUCCUGGCAAGGAUGGGCAGGAAGUGGAAGUUGAUGUUGAGCAUGGGGAUGGGUCGAAAGUGGAAGUUGAUGAUGGGCAUGAGGAUGGACAGAAAGUGGAAGUUGAUGCUAAGCAUGAGGAUGGGCAAGAAAUGGAAGUUGAUAAUAGGCAUAAGGAUGGGUGGGAAGUGGAAGUUAAUAUUGAGCAUGAGGAUGGGUGGGAAGUAGAAGUUGAUGCUAGACAUGAGGAUGGGCAGAGGGAGCAUUAUCAUCUCGAAGAGGAGCAACGAGGUUAUCUUCGUAACCUUCUAUAG